AAGUUAACUCUGCUUUUAUUCCAACUUAUGCUUUACUCCAUUAGUGUUUUCAACUCUAAAAAUACUUUAAAAAGAACACUUCCUGAUGUUGUUGUCCACUCGCCACCUCAAUCUACGCUAUCAUCUACUCCCAUUUAAUUAAAAAACUCUCCAUACCCCCCACCUUCCUCCUUUUCAUGCCCUAAAAAUACUACUGUCUUGUCUCGUUUCUUUUUUUUUCUUGAUAAACAAAAAACGAUCUUUGCUUUCGCCCACCGAAAGCCCACUUGGAAUUUGAAUUGUAUAUGUCAUUAUUCCGGUAUUUCCCCAUCGAUUGAAAACCAUUGUCCGAUGGUCAAAGAUAUUUCCUGUUUUGAGCAAUCAAGUCAACUCAAAUUCAACUAAUUUCUCCACACCAGGUUCAUAUUCUUGAUUUCCCUUCGCAGAAUUUCGAUCUUUAUUGUUUUCGAAACAUGGGUUUCUGUUAAUUUGCGAUAUUUCAAGGGUUUGAUGUGUUGUCGAUUAAAAAAAUCGAAACUUUCGUCUACUCAAAGCCCUAGAUGUCAAUUUUCGGUAAGAAUUUCAAGAAACAUGCUAAUGUUUACUCAGGGAGGAUAUACAAUAGCGAUAGAAAGUGGAUAAUCCCCUUUUUUGUAAGCUUGCUCGUAUGGAUUACUCUAAUUUCAGCUGCCAUUUUUGGGUUUUAUUCAUCAUCAUCAUCCUCAUCAUCGUACAAUCACGAUUCAUCCCAUUUCGAUAUAGUUUCUUUUGCAAAAUCAGAUGAUUCAAGUGGGUUUUUUGUCGACAUGAAUAUAGAAAAACCUAGUGAAUUCCCGAAAGAAAAAGCCCCUAGAUUAGCUUACCUUAUUUCAGGUACGAAGGGUGAUAGUAAAAGAAUGAUGAGAACAUUACAAGCUGUUUAUCAUCCAAGAAAUCAAUACAUCUUGCAUAUGGAUCUUGAAGCUCCACCUCGAGAAAGAUUGGAGUUAACAAUGGCUGUUAAAAACGAUCCAACUUUUUCUGAAGUUGAGAAUGUUAGAGUCAUGGCUCAGUCUAAUUUGGUGACAUAUAAGGGCCCCACAAUGAUAGCAACAACCCUUCAAGCUAUUGCUAUUUUGUUGAAGGAGAGUUUGAAUUGGGAUUGGUUUAUAAAUCUUAGUGCUUCUGAUUAUCCUCUUGUGACUCAAGAUGAUCUACUUCAUGUUUUCUCUAAUUUGUCAAGAACUCUCAACUUCAUCGAACACACAAAGCUUACAGGAUGGAAAUUGAAUCAAAGGGCAAAGCCGAUUAUUGUGGACCCCGGUCUUUAUUUGUCAAAGAAAUCGGAUCUUGCAAUCACUUCACAAAGAAGAUCUCUUCCUACAUCUUUUAAAUUGUUCACUGGCUCGGCAUGGGUAAUGCUAACAAGAUCAUUUGUGGAAUAUUGCAUUUGGGGAUACGAUAAUUUUCCAAGAACUAUCUUAAUGUACUACACAAACUUUGUGUCUUCACCCGAAGGCUAUUUCCACACAGUUAUUUGCAACACGGAAGAGUUCACAAAAACCGCAAUAAGUCACGACCUUCAUUACAUCGCGUGGGACACGCCUCCAAAGCAACACCCGCGUUACUUGACCAUUAAAGACUUUGAAAAAAUGGUGAAUAGUAGCGCGCCAUUUGCAAGAAAAUUUCAAAAAGAUGAUGUAGUUCUUGACAAGAUUGAUCAAGAGCUUUUGGGUCGAACCCAUCGGUUCGGUCGUGGUGCGUGGUGCGUGGGUGCCUCGGACCGUGGCUCGGACCCGUGUGCGGUUCGUGGUGAUGAUUCGGUUUUUAGCCCCGGAAAGGGCGCGGUGAGGUUGAAUGAGUUGUUUGCGGAGCUUUUGUCGGAUGAUUUUGGAAGUAAAACGUGUCCUUCGUGAAGAGGGGUUAGAUUUUGGGAAAGUGUACAUUGUUUUUUAUAGAUUGAAAGUUGAUUUUUUUUUUUUUUUUUUUU